AUGUCACUUCCUUCCUUCCUUUUUUUCCCCCUCUUAGAUUCCCUCCCUCUUUCUCUCCACAAUCCUCCGACUCUGAGAGUUUUCGGCUUUUUUUCCCCGACCUCCUUGUUUAAUCCACUUCUUUCUUUCUCUCGAUUAUGUUUUGUCCUUUUAUACAAUAGUCCGCAUUAUUGUGGAGAAGCUGUCGACUAUGACGACGGACAAGAUCCUGCCACUAGAAGAGCCCAACAAGCGGCAGCAGCCGAAAGACGGCAACAGGAAAAUGAAUCUCGUGGAUUGAAAGAUCCAGAAGCUGUCAAACGGAAACUUAAAAAGAAAGAAGAAUUUGAAAAAUGGGAACAAGAAGCAGAAGCAGCUAGGAAAGGUGGAGAUACAGGCCUCAGGAGGUAUUUCUGUCACACAAAUAUUUUUUCUACUUAUUUUUUUCUUUUUUUUUCUCUUUUUUUUUUUUUCUCUCUUUUUUUUUUUUCUCUUUUUUUCUUUUUUUCUCUCUCUUUUUCUUUUUUUUCUCUUCCUUUUUCUUUUUUUUUCUCUUUUUCUUUUUUCUCUUCCUUUUUCUUUUUUCUUUUUUUCUCUUCCUUUUUCUUUUUUCUUUUUUUCUCUUCCUUUUUCUUUUUUCUUUUUUUCUCUUCCUUUUUCUUUUUUCUUUUUUUCUCUUCCUUUUUCUUUUUUCUUUUUUCUCUUCCUUUUUCUUUUUUCUUUUUUUCUCUUCCUUUUUCUUUUUUUCUCCUUUUUCUUUUUUCUCUUCCUUUUUCUCUUUUUCUCUUCCUUUUUCUUUCUUUUUCUCUUCCUUUUUCUUUCUUUUUUCUCUUCCUUUUUCUUUCUUUUCCUUUUUCUCUUCCUUUUUCUCUUCCUUUUUCUCUUCCUUUUUCUCUUUCUUUUUUCUUCCUUUUUCUCUUUCUUUUUUCUUCCUUUUCUCUUUUUUCUUCCUUUUCUCUUUCUUUUUUCUUCCUUUUCUCUUUCUUUUUUCUUCCUUUUUCUCUUUCUUUUUUCUUCCUUUUUCUCUUUCUUUUUUCUUCCUUUUUCUCUUUCUUUUUCUUUUUUUUCUCUUUUCUUCUUCCUUUUUCUUCCUUUUUUCUUCUUCUUUCUUCCUUUUUUUCUUCCUUUUCUCUUUCUUUUUUCUUCCUUUUCUCUUCCUUUUUCUUUUCUCUUUUUUUUCUCUUUUUUUUUCUUCCUUUUUCUCUUCCUUUUUUCUUUUUCUCUUUCUUUUUCUCUUUUUUUCUCUUCCUUCUUUCUCUUUUUCUUUUUCUCUUUUUCUUUUUUCUCUUCCUUCUUUCUCUUUUUCUUUUUUCUCUUCCUUCAUUCUCUUUUUCUUUUUUCUCUUCCUUCAUUCUCUUUUUCUUUUUUCUCUUUUUCUUUUUUCUCUUCCUUCUUUUUCUUUUUUCUCUUCCUUCUUUUUCUUUUUUCUCUUUUUCUUUUUUCUCUUCCUUCUUUUUCUUUUUUCUCUUUUUCUUUUUUCUCUUCCUUCAUUCUCUUUUUCUUUUUUCUCUUCUUUCUCUUUUUCUUUUUUCUCUUCUUUCUCUUUUUCUUUUUUCUCUUCUUUCUCUUUUUCUUUUUUCUCUUUUUCUUUUUUCUCUUCCUUCUUUCUCUUUUUCUUUUUUCUCUUCCUUCUUUCUCUUUUUCUUUUUUCUUUUUCUUUUUUCUCUUUUUUUCUCUUUUUCUUUUUUCUUCCUUUUUUCUCUUUUUCUUUUUUCUCUUUUUCUCUUCCUUUUUUCUUUUUUCUUUUUUCUCUUUAUUUUUUCUCUUUAUUCUCUUUUCUCUUUCUAUUUUCUCUUCCUUUUUCUUUUUUUUCUUCCUUUUUGUUCUCUUCCUUUGUUCGUUUUUCUCUUCCUUUUUCUUGUUUCCUUCCUUUUUUUUCUCUUUUUUCUUUCUAUUUCCUUUUUUCUCUUCCUUUUUCUUUUUUUCUCUUUGUUCUCUUCCUCUUUCUUUUUUCUCUUUCUCUUUUUCUCUUUCCUUUUACGUUUUUCUCUUCCGUUUUUCUCUUUUUUGUUUUUCUCUUCCUUUUUCUUUUUCUCUUCCUUUUUUCUUUUUUUUCUUUUUUCUUUCCUUUCUCUUUUUUUCUCUUCCUUUUUCUUCUAA